CGUGCACCCAGCGAGUGGGAAGGCGGGUGAGAGACGAGCUGUCAAACUGCAGCCAACGCGCUGAAUUGUUGCCGCGGGCGGAGAAAAACAGCGAACAUGCCUCCGCUGGUGGGAAGGAGAAUGUUUUAGAAAGACGAUUUCAACAACGUCGUCAUCUUUGGCAAACGGGAGGAGGAGGUUUUUUUUUUUUUUUUUUUUUGGGGGGGGGGACGUUGUUGUAGUUCUCGCGGUGGGCUGGCUAGCUAGCCAACGUCCGCGCUAGCUUGAGUUUUGUUGACAAACGAGCAGAGGCAGCGAGUUAGCGCCCAACACCCACCCACCUCGGACUUCUAACUUGAUCAACGCUUCUUAUUCCCCCCCCCCUUUCUUUUCCUCUCUACGGAAUUACCCAGCAUGAACCACCCUCGGCACGUCCAAGCAGGUCUCUACCGGAUCACCGCCCUACCUGUGACAGCCCUUUCGCCCAGCAGAACCCCCGCAGCCCUGAGCCGCAACCACUGAGCCCUCUUCCGCAACUGGAGAACAAUCCGGCACUCUUGUCAUGUGGGUACAAUACAGAAGAAGACUCGCGUUACCCCCACUGGCGUCGCCAUCUUUAUCGUCAUCGUCGUCGUCAUGGACCGGAAUAAACGCAACUCUAUCGCCGCGUUCCCAACGCGACCCGAACGCCUUGCCGAGGACAGAGACGGUGUCGGGGGCCUAGGGGUGUGCGAGAUGGGCACGGGGCCACCGUCGCAGGUGGGCAGGGUGUGCCCUUCGUCCUACAGAGCCCUCAUCAGUGCCUUCUCCUGCCUUACGCGCCUGGACGAUUUCACCUGCGAGUGGAUUGGCUCUGGUUUCUUCUCCGACGUCUACAAAGUCUGCCACCGGGCGUCGGACCAAGUGAUGGCGCUCAAGAUGAACAAGCUGAGCAGCAACAGAGCCAACAUGCUGAGGGAAGUGCAGCUCAUGAACCGGCUCUCGCAUCCCAACAUACUCAGGUUCAAAGGAGUGUGCGUGCACGAGGGCCAACUUCACGCCUUGACGGAGUACAUCAACGGCGGCAACCUGGAGCAGCUUCUGGAUAGCAACAAGCACCUGAGCUGGGUCGCCAGGAUCAAGCUGGCCGGCGACCUCGCCAGCGGUCUGGCCUACCUGCAUGCUAAAGGCAUCUUCCACAGAGACCUCACCUCCAAGAACUGUUUGAUCAAAUGCGACGACAGCAACUACACGGCGGUGGUGGGAGAUUUUGGAUUGGCUGAGAAGAUCCCCGCCAAUCUCACGGAAGGAGCGAAGCUAUCGGUUGUGGGUUCUCCUUUCUGGAUGGCUCCCGAGGUCCUCAGGGACGAACCUUACAACGAGAAGGCUGACGUCUUCUCCUACGGCAUCAUCCUGUGCGAGAUCAUCGCCCGGAUCCAGGCUGACCCCGACUUUCUCCCACGCACGGAGAACUUCGGGCUGGACUAUCACACCUUCCAGCACAUGGUGGGCGACUGUCCCCCCGACUUCCUCCAGCUGGCGUUCAACUGCUGCAAUAUGGACCCCACGCUGCGGCCGUCAUUCCCAGACAUUGUGCGACACCUGGAAGAGAUGCUGGCGCACCUCAAAUUGGGCGACACGGAGCACCAGUGCCCCCCACUGGCCGGAGAGGGUGACAAAAAGACGGCUGCCUCCAAAGGGGAAAAGAUUCAGGGCUUGAAGCGACUCAACCCGCUGAUAUUCCCCGACGACAAAAUCCCGCCCAAAUCGCCGCGCCCCCGCCGCAACAUCUGGCUGAGUCGCAGCCAGUCGGACAUCUUCUCAUGCAAGACUGCGAGGAAGGUGAACGUGCAAGACCCGUACUACGAGCCGCCGGCCUCGCGAAGGGCGGCGAAGGCGCACAAGGUCAACCCCUUCACGGCGCGCGAGGACCUGUGCGGCGGCAACAUCAAGUUCUACGACGUGCCCAGCAAAUCCGUGUUCUCGCUGGUCUUCGACCUGCGCUCGCCGCCGGGCAGCGCCUUCAGCAACCUGCCGCCGGCGCAAGCCUCGAGCGCCGCUUCUGCGUCCUUCUACUGGCAGCAGCUGCCGGGAAGACAGUGUCACUCCUUGCCGGUGUCACCCCAGUUGUCUCGCUCAGAGUUCCUGCACCACCACCCCCACCACGCCAGCGUCGCAACCGCCUCGGCAGUCAACAACAACAACAACAACGGCCCCCUGCCCUGCAACACGCACCCGUUGGCCUCCACCAUGAUGCCAGCCGUCCACUGGUCCGAGGCGGGCCUGACGGGAACCGAAGCGAGACACAAAGUGGCGCUGAGCGGUUGGGCCGGGAAAUACACAGUCGUUGAGAUCCCGCCGUACCGCAGGGCGCAGGCCGGUGACGGGACGGACGGCGGCAGCGGCGAGGACGACGACGACGUGUUUGGCGAGAGCUGGUCUCCGAACGUCCCCCUCGGCGAGGCCAUGGACUGCUCCAGCAUGUUGGACGACCAACACAUGCACGUCGUGCCACCCCAGGACUGAAGGGGGCAAUGUGGACUAAAGUCUGAAGGAAGCGCUUUCAAAGCUUUUCUUAACGCAGCCUUGAUGCCAGUCGCAUUCAAAACGCUGUUAAUGCUAAUAUUGUUUAUAUUUAUUAUUAUUACAGGAUGACUGUGAUUGUCUCCCUCGAUCCUCCCCCCACAAAGAUCAUGUUGACGUUUUCGCCUCCAAACGGAUCUCGCCAGUAAAAGCGGACAUUUGGCCGCUUUGGCUUCUUCGCAAUUUCCGACCAUGUGCAUCUUUGGAUCCAUUACGGCUUUACUUAGUUUGCCGUACAUAUUUUUGUCGGACAUCUUUAAUGAUUCAAAGUCAGCUUGAUGCACUUUUCACACGCUCACCAGCAAUCACGCUGUCUCGAAUCUAUUAAAUGCUAAUAAGAGAUUAUUUAGUUUGCCUCUGUAGGAACUAAAAUGCACUGUCAUCUUUUCUAUGCAAAAAAAAAAGAUAAUUUCACACUGUUGCGCAGAAUCGAGGAUAUUUGUGGGGAAAAAAAGUCUUACAUUUGUAUAUUUGUGGAAAAAAAAAAGAUGUGCGGACUGAUUUUGCUUCUAAAUAACAAAGCUUCUUCUGAGUCUCA